GCGGGUCCGGUCCGGAGUCACUUUACAGGGAAGUUUUAGCGGAUUCAGGCCCGUGUUUACUUUCGGCGGUGUUGAGCCGCUGUUCUGUCACCUGCUGUCGGGAUUCACCGUCUCUUUACUCUGGGCGCUCGGUCAUGUCUCCGUCAGCGGCCCGAAUUUAAUGGCUUCCGGUAUUGUGAUCACGUUAAAUCAAGGAUCAGACCACAGCUGGUUUUCCUGCUAACAUUCAUGGAGCUGCGUCUCUCUGCCUGCAUCCUGCUGGUACUUUGUGCGACAUGGAGUGCAAAUGGAGGGAACGUUUUGGUGUGGUACACCGAAGGCAGCCACUGGAUAAACAUGAAGCCUGUUCUGGAGACAUUGGUUGACAGGGGACACCAGGUGACUGUCCUGGUCCCGAGCUCGUCAAUGUACAUGAACACCAAUGAACCCUCCCGCUUUCACUAUGAGCCCUUCAAUGUCUCUUUCUCAUUGGAGGCUAUGGAAGAGUUUCUAGAAGAGUUCCUCCAAUUCAAUGUAUAUGAGAUUGAUUAUAUGAGCUACUGGGAGAUCUACAUCAGAUUCAUUGACAUAAUGAAAACUGACCUGCAGUUUUCUAUCCAGUAUUUGGACGGUGUGGUGAAAUCAGAAGUCGUCAUGAAGAAGUUGAAAGAGGGAAAUUACGACCUUCUCUUGGCUGACCCCAUCUACCCUGGCAGUGACUUGUUAGCAGAUAUUUUGGGGAUCCCACUCGUCUUCUCCUUGCGCUUCUCCUUAGUUAAUAACUGGGAGAGGCAUUGUGGUCAGAUGCCUGCUCCACCAUCCUUUGUUCCCGGUGCUAUGAGCAAACUCACAGAUAAGAUGGACUUCUCAGAGAGAGUGUGGAACUUUCUCUUCUAUGCUCUCCACGACAUCGUGAUUGAUCAGUUUUCUUGGAAAGAAUUAGACAGAUAUUACUCUGAUGUCAAAGGAAAUAUUUUGGUGUGGUACACUGAUGGCAGCCACUGGAUAAACAUGAAGCUUGUUCUGGAGACACUGAUUGACAGGGGACACCAGGUGACUGUACUGGUCCCAAGCUCAUCACUGUACAUGAACACCAAUGAACCUGCCCGUUUUCACUAUGAGCCCUUCAACGCCUCUUUCUCAUUGGAGGCUUUACAGAAGAGUCUAGAAGAGUUCCUCCAAUUCAGUCUAUAUGAGAUUGAUUAUAUUAGCUACUGGGAGAUCUACAUCAGAUUUACUGACAUGAUGAAAAAUAACCUGCGGUUUUCUAUCCAGUAUUUGGACGGUGUGGUGAAAUCAGAAGUCGUCAUGAAGAAGUUGAAAGGAGGAAAUUAUGACCUUCUCUUGGCUGACCCCAUCUACCCUGGCAGUGACUUGUUAGCAGAUAUUUUGGGAAUCCCACUCGUCUUCUCUUUGCGCUUCUCCUUAGUUAAUAACUGGGAGAGGCAUUGUGGUCAGAUGCCUGCUCCACCAUCCUUUGUGCCUGGUGCAAUGAGCAAACUCACAGAUAAGAUGGACUUCUCAGAGAGAGUGUGGAACUUUCUCUUCUACGCUCUUCAAGACAUCGUGAUUGAUCAGUUUUCUUGGAAAGAAUUAGACAGAUAUUACUCUGAUGUAAAAGGAACUCCCACCAGUGCCUGUGAGUUGAUGAGCAAAGCAGACAUCUGGUUAAUCCGAACCUACUGGGAUUUUGAAUUCCCUCGUCCUUUCCUCCCCAACUUCAAAUAUGUUGGUGGGAUCCACUGCAGACCUGCUAAACCUUUACCAGAGGAUCUGGAGGAAUUUGUGCAGAGUUCUGGAGAUGAUGGCAUUGUGAUCUUCACUUUAGGAUCCGUAAUCAACAACGUCACCAAGGAGAAGGCAAACAUGAUAGCCUCAGGCCUCGCUCAGAUCCCACAAAAGGUGCUGUGGAGAUACAGAGGAGAAAAGCCAGAAACUUUGGGUGCCAACACUCGAAUAUAUGAUUGGAUUCCUCAGAAUGACCUCCUGGGUCACCCUAAAACUAGAGCUUUCAUCACCCAUGGAGGCACAAACGGGAUUUAUGAAGCCAUCUACCACGGCGUUCCCAUGGUGGGCAUCCCCAUGUUUGGUGACCAGCCAGACAACAUGGUCCAUAUGAAGGCUAAAGGAGCUGCAGUUAUUCUCAACGUGAACUUCAUGGCAACUGAAGAUCUUAGAGACGCAAUCAACACAGUCAUCAAUGACAUAUCGUACAAAGAAAAUGCUAUGCGGCUGUCCAGCAUCCACCACGACAGACCCAUGAGUGCUCUGGAAGAGGCAGUAUUCUGGAUCGAGUUCACGCUGAGAAACAAAGGGGCCAAGCACUUGAGGGUCCAGGCCCAUGAACUCACCUGGUACCAGUAUCUCAGCCUGGAUGUCCUGGGCUUCUUCCUCACCGUAGAUCUACUCCUCAUAUUCAUCUUCAUCAAGACCUGCAGUUUCUGCUUGCACAGGUGUUUUGUCAGGAAAGGAAAGACAAAAAGGAAAGCUGAAUAACAACUAAACUGAAACGGUGCUGUGAAUGUUGGACUGGGGCAAUAUUUGUUACCAGCAUGAAACUUUCUUUCAUAUAUGUUGAAUUUCCCAUCAUCUUCUUCUUUAAGCACCACCACUAAUGACUUUAACAGAUGCACUAAUUUGCAUAACAGAACCUGAAGUUGAUCUAACAUUAAAAAGCAAAUACUGAUUGGCCGUUUUGGGUUUUUUUUUGUUUUGUUUUGUUUUGGGGUUUUUUGUUUGUUUGUUUGGAAAAAACACUAACAUCAGAUUGAAUUCAGUACAUUCAAACUUGUUUUGUUUUGGGGUUUUUUUUGGGGGUUUUUUUGUUUUGUUUUGUUUUUUUGAAAAUGCAUACAGAAAUAUUUUCCUAAAAAGCAUUUCAUUAUUUAUGCAUAUAUUUUAUUUACUCUUUUUUUUUUUUUUUUUUAAACAAUUCAAUCUAGGAACUGUGACAAUCAACAUCUUCAUCAAUAAAUCUGAUAUCUGCAUCAUGAUUCUGUGUGAUUUAAGUCAAAUUUCACUGUAUGAUAAUGAUUUAUCUUUAUGUGGAUCAAUAUUAACUCAGCCAUGAGAUAAUACUC